UCCUACCCUCAAGAAAACCCAAAUAUUUGGAGGUUUAGCAGGAAUAAUAUCAGAACAAGCAGAACGUCAGGAUGACGAAACUCGAAGAUUAAGACCAAAUUUUGGAAAUCACUACAUGGCUCGUUCUCGAUCAACAACUUCAUUGAGAUCAGCGUAUUAUACUCACUCCACUCAUGUCACCCCAAUAACUUCAUCUUUAACGGUAAAUUCUUUCCUUCGAAAAGUUUAUGAUAAAUCGCCUAUGGAUGUUAUAGAAGAAAUUUUCAUGGGCACUUUAGUACUAAAUGAAGAUUAUAGUGACGAUGAAAAAUCAAAUUAA